AAAGAAGGCCAUUCUGGAUACCAAUGAAAAUAUGUCAUUCUGUUUUUUUCGGCCCCGAUGAGAGGAAGCAAAAUUUCCAGUUGAAGUCUCAAAAUCCACUAAGAAAACCACAUAAACAUGUAUCAAAUGUCCAGAAUUGGACCCGGACCUGCGGGCUAUGGACUUCCGCCAACGGUUGGCUACCCAGAGCAUGACGUCCGCAAGGAUAGGAAACCAAUGUUCAGCAUGCGGAGCAGACCGAUAACUCGAUACGAUACGCUAGGCCCUGGUCCAGCCCGUUACGGACUCGGCAAAAUGACCCGCGUCGGUCGACCCAACAAUCCGAGCUACUCGCUAGCUAAACGGUUUUCAUUGUUCAAACCAGACAAUACUCCCGGACCUGGUGCACACAACAACGACAAAGUGCCGUCCAUGAAAGGGAACCGUUCUCCAGCGUACUCCUUAGGAAUGCGAUUGAAGGAAACUUCUCGCGAUAUGAUUCCAGGCCCAGAUCGGUAUGCGUAUGAUUUGAAUAUUUACAAGAACCGCAAUCCGAUCUACAGUAUGCGAGAGCGAACAACUCAACCAUACGCUCUGGAAGGACCUGGUCCAAACAAGUACGGCGACUUGGACCGGAACGUUACGCACAAGCGAAAUCCACGUUACACGAUGCGGCAAACGUAUCCGAUCAUGGGAGAUAAAUGUCCAAAACCGGGUCCGAACCAGUACGGUCUGAUGGAGCUGAAACCCGGUACGACUGCACCGAAGUAUUCAUUUGGAACGCGACACUCAAUGUGGAGGCCACCGAUGGUUAUACCGGGAGAUAAUUGUUAAAAAUGAAUAAUAAAGGUUGAUGCUUUUUGAUAUUCAUA